AUGAUUAACGGACUGACAUGUCAAGGUCAUGCAGAGGCAUUCCAGCAUCAGGCUCUCGCUGUGUUUGAGGACGAGAUGUGUUGCUACAGUAUGAUGAGGGUGACGCUGUCAAUAAAUGCUCUCGCCGUCCACAUCCAAAACAAGCCCGGGACACCGCCAAAGUUUUUAAGAACCCCCAAUGACCAAACGGGAGUCCAAGGCGGCGUGGCAUCGUUCAUAUGUCAGGCGACUGGGGAUCCCCGGCCCAAGAUCGUAUGGAACAAGAAGGGGAAGAGAGUGAGCAACCAGAGAUUUGAGGUGAUAGAGUUUGACGAUGGUUCAGGCUCAGUUCUGAGAAUCCAGCCUUUACGUACGCCACGGGACGAAGCCAUAUACGAAUGUGUGGCCUCCAACAGUGUUGGAGAGACGAGCGCCAGCACACGGCUGACUGUUUUACGUGAGGACCAGCUGCCCGCUGGGUUCCCCACCAUAGACAUGGGCCCUCAGCUCAAGGUGGUGGAGCGGACGCGCACCGCCACCAUGCUCUGCGCGGCCAGUGGCAACCCCGACCCAGACAUCACCUGGUUCAAGGACUUCCUGCCGGUCAACACGUCCAGCAACAACGGACGAAUCAAACAGCUCCGCUCAGAAUCCUUUGGUGGUACACCAAUAAGAGGAGCCCUCCAGAUCGAGCUGAGCGAGGAGUCGGACCAGGGGAAGUACGAGUGUGUGGCCACCAACAACGAUGGCACCCGCUACUCCGCCCCGGCUAACUUAUACGUCAGAGAGCUGCGAGAAGUGCGUCGGGUUCCCCCUCGCUUCUCCAUCCCUCCGACGGACAGCGAAAUAAUGCCGGGCGGCAGCGUCAACAUCACGUGCGUGGCGGUGGGCUCACCCAUGCCCUACGUCAAGUGGAUGCUGGGCUCCGAGGACUUGACCCCAGAGGACGACAUGCCCAUUGGCCGCAACGUGCUGGAGCUCACUGACGUGGUGCAGUCGGCCAACUACACCUGCGUCGCCAUGUCCACACUGGGCGUCAUCGAGGCCAUGGCUCAGAUCACUGUCAAAGCUCUACCCAAGCCUCCAGGGGUCCCCGUGGUAACUGAACGCACGGCGACCAGCAUCACCCUCACCUGGGACUCUGGCAACCCAGAGCCUGUCUCCUACUACAUCAUCCAGCACAAGUCCAAGAACUCUGAGGACCCUUACAAGGAGAUUGACGGCGUGGCCACCACCCGCUACAGCGUCGGCGGCCUCAGCCCAUACUCCGACUACGAGUUCCGCGUGGUGGCGGUCAACAACAUCGGCCGCGGGCCGUCCAGCGACGCCAUCGAGGCCAAGACGGCAGAGCAGGCGCCCAGCACGGCGCCACGGCAGGUCCGAGGCCGCAUGCUUAGCGGCACCACGGCCAUCAUCCAUUGGGACGAGCCCGAGGAGGCCAACGGUCAGAUCAUGGGCUACCGGGUCUACUACACCAGCGAGCCCACGCAUCAGGUCAACCAGUGGGAGAAGCAGAUAGUCCGGGCCUCCAACUUCCUCACCAUCCAAAAUCUGACACCAAACAAGACAUACUACAUCAAGGUGCUGGCCUACACGUCAGUGGGAGACGGACCACUGUCCUCUGACCUACAGAUUAUCACCAAGACAGGAGUUCCAUCCCAGCCGACGGACUUCAAGGCGGAGGCUAAGUCUGAGACAAGUGUCCUGCUGUCUUGGGUAGCGCCCUCUCAGAAUGGACAGGACAAUCAAAUUAUGGGAUAUGAGCUGCUGUACAGGAAGAAGGAUGAGAAAGAAGAGAAGCGGGUGAGCUUUGAGCCCACGGCCACCUACCUGCUGAAGGACUUGAAGCCCUUCAGCACCUACACGUUCCAGUUAGCGGCACGCAGCAAACACGGCGUGGGAGCCUACACCAAUGAGAUCUCAGCUGAGACGCCCCAGACACAACCCUCAGCUCCACCUCAGGAUGUCAAGUGCUCUAGCCAGAGUUCCACCAACAUUAUGGUAAGUUGGCGGCCACCCCCCAUGGAACUUCAAAACGGAAUCAUUACCAAGUACGCCAUCCAGUACGGCGCCACGGAGGGAGAAGACUUGGCCACAAGGCAAAUCUCGGACAUCCCCCCGGAAUCCACCCAGUACCUCUUGGAAAACUUGGAAAAAUGGACAGAGUACCGCGUGACCGUGACCGCCCACACUGACGUAGGGCAGGGCCCCGAAAGCUUGCCCCAACUCAUCCGAACAGAGGAGGAUGUGCCCAGUGGCCCCCCUCGCAAAGUUGAGGUGGAGCCCGUCAACUCCACGUCAAUAAAAGUGAUGUGGCGCUCACCAGUGUCCAACAGGCAGCACGGGCAGAUCCGCGGAUACCAGGUGCACUAUGUCAGGAUGCUAAAUGGGGAGGCCAUGGGACAGCCAAUUAUCAAGGACAUCCUGAUAGACGAUGCUCAGUGGGAAUAUGAUGAUUCCACCGAACAUGAGAUGGUCCUUGUUGACCUGCUGGCUGAGACCACAUACUCCGUCACCGUAGCUGCCUACACCACUAAGGGCGAUGGGGCCCGUAGUAAGCCCAAGCUGGUCACCACCAUGGGUGCAGUUCCCGAGCGCCCGCGCCUUAUGGUGAGUGCCACCAACAUGGGCACGGCCCUUCUCCAGUGGCACCCGCCGCCCAACACGCAUGGCACCCUCCUCGGCUACCGCCUGCGCUUCGGCCGCAAGGACGUGGAGCCGCUGACCGUCAUCGAGUUCCCCGAACGCGAGAACCAUUACACCACCAAGGAGAUCCACAAGGGCGCCUCGUACGUCUUCCGCCUGUCCGCCCGCAACAAGGUGGGCUUCGGGGAGGAGACGGUCAAGGAGAUCAGCACGUCCGAGGACGUGCCCAGCGGCUACCCGCAGUCCAUCGCCGCCGAGGCGGCCACCGCCACCACCAUCCAGGUGAGCUGGCGGCCAGUCCUGCUGGCCGAGCGCAACGGCGCCAUCGCGAGGUACGCACUGCAGUACAAGGACAUCAACAGCCCGCAGAGCCCGUCCGAGCUCUUCAUCAAGGCGCCCGAGUCCACCGUCACGCUGGACGGCCUGCGCGCUGACACUACGUACGAUAUCAAAAUGUGUGCCUUCACCAGCAAGGGCCCUGGCCCGUAUAGCCCCAGUGUCCAGUUCAGAACACAGCCCGUCGAUCAAGCAGUGUUUGCAAAAAAUUUCCAUGUGAAAGCUGCCACGAAGACCUCGGUGCUGCUGACGUGGGACAUUCCCGACAACUACAACGCCGCUCAACCGUUCACCAUCCUCUACGACAAUGGCCAGAGCGUGGAAGUGGACGGCCGUCUCACCCAGAAGCUGAUCACCAACCUCCAGCCGGAGACCCAGUACUCCUUCCUGCUGACCAACCGUGGCAACAGCGCAGGCGGGCUGCAGCACCGCGUGACGGCCAUGACGGCGCCGGACAUCCUGCGCACCAAGCCCACGCUGGUGGGCAAGACCAACUCCGACGGCAUGGUCACCGUGCAGCUGCCCACGGUGCAGACCGCCGAGAAAGUCAGGGGCUACUACAUCGUGGUGGUGCCGCUGAAGAAACGCACAGGGAAGUUUGUGAGGCCUUGGGACAGCCCGGAUGAGAUGAACCUAGAGGAGCUGCUGAAUGAGAUCAACCGGACGAGCCGAGCGCUCCGUUUCCGGCGUCAGGUUGAGUCCAAGCCGUACAUCGCCGCCUACUUCAAGGACCUGCCCACAGAGUUCACACUGGGCAACGGCCAGAGCUACGGAGACUUCGAGAACAAGAAGCUGCACAACGGACAGGAGUACAUCUUCUUUGUCUUAGCCGUGCUGGACAUCUCUGAAAACACCAUGUACUCGACCAGCCCGUACUCGGGACCCUGUGUGUCGGCGGACAUCGAUCCCCAGCCCAUCAUCGACGAGGAGGAGGGCCUGCUGUGGGUCGUGGGUCCCGUCCUCGCCGUGGUCUUCAUCAUCUGCAUCGUCAUCGCCAUCCUGCUCUAUAAGAGCAAACCAGACAGGAAACGUGCCGAGUCGGAGGCCAGGAAAGGAAGCCUGCCGCACAGCAAGGAGUUGCCCUCGCACCACCCCACUGACCCCGUGGAGCUGCGCCGGCUCAACUUCCAGACGCCAGGUUCAGGCGUGUGCGGUUAUCCCAGUAACCUCCAUUUGUCAAGCAUGGCUAAUCAUCCUCCCAUCCCCAUACUGGACCUGGCUGACCAUCUGGAGAGACUCAAAGCCAACGACAACCUCAAGUUCUCCCAGGAGUACGAGUCCAUUGAUCCUGGACAGCAGUUCACCUGGGAGCACUCCAACCUGGAAGUGAACAAGCCCAAGAACAGAUAUGCCAAUGUCAUCGCCUACGAUCACUCCAGAGUCUUACUCUCAGCGAUCGAUGGUAUACCAGGCAGUGAUUACAUCAAUGCCAACUACAUCGACGGCUACCGGAAGCAGAAUGCCUACAUCGCCACGCAGGGGUCGCUCCCGGAGACGUUCGGAGACUUCUGGAGGAUGAUCUGGGAACAGCGCAGUGCCAACAUCGUCAUGAUGACCAAGCUGGAGGAGAGGUCCAGGAUGCCUUCAUAUUUCUUCUCCAAGGUGAAAUGCGACCAGUACUGGCCAACCAGAGGGACGGAGACCUAUGGCCUUAUCCAAGUAACUCUGCUGGACACAGUGGAGCUGGCUACCUACUGCGUCAGGACCUUCGCCCUCUAUAAGAAUGGCUCGAGUGAAAAGCGGGAGGUGCGGCAGUUCCAGUUUACAGCCUGGCCUGACCACGGAGUGCCCGAGCACCCCACACCGUUCCUGGCCUUCCUGCGCAGGGUGAAAGCCUGCAAUCCUCCAGACGCUGGACCCAUGGUGGUACACUGCAGUGCGGGCGUUGGCCGUACGGGCUGCUUCAUCGUGAUCGACGCCAUGCUGGAGCGCAUCAAGCACGAGAAGACGGUGGACAUCUACGGGCACGUGACGCUGAUGCGUGCCCAGCGCAACUACAUGGUCCAGACGGAGGACCAGUACGUGUUCAUCCACGACGCACUGCUGGAGGCCGUCACCUGCGGCAACACGGAGGUGCCCGCCCGCAACCUCUACACCUACAUCCAGAAGCUCACGCAGAUCGAGACGGGCGAGAACGUCUCCGGCAUGGAGCUCGAGUUCAAGCGCUUGGCCAACACCAAAGCCCACACCUCCCGAUUCAUCAGUGCCAAUCUGCCCUGCAACAAGUUCAAGAACCGCCUUGUCAACAUCAUGCCAUACGAGUCCACACGAGUCAGUCUGCAGCCCAUCCGCGGGGUGGAGGGCUCCGACUACAUCAACGCCAGCUUCAUCGACGGAUACAGGCAACAGAAGGCCUACAUCGCCACGCAAGGCCCUCUGGCCGAGACCACCGAGGACUUCUGGAGAAUGCUGUGGGAGCACAACUCCACCAUCGUGGUCAUGCUGACCAAACUCCGAGAGAUGGGACGGGAAAAAUGCCAUCAGUAUUGGCCAGCGGAGAGGUCUGCCCGCUACCAAUACUUUGUGGUGGACCCUAUGGCCGAAUACAACAUGCCUCAGUACAUCCUGAGGGAGUUCAAAGUCACCGACGCCAGGGAUGGACAGUCGCGGACGGUACGUCAGUUCCAGUUCACCGACUGGCCCGAACAGGGAGUGCCAAAAUCGGGAGAGGGCUUCAUCGACUUCAUCGGCCAAGUGCACAAAACGAAAGAGCAGUUCGGCCAAGACGGACCCAUCUCGGUCCAUUGUAGUGCUGGCGUGGGCAGGACCGGAGUCUUCAUCACUCUCAGUAUAGUGUUGGAGCGGAUGAGGUACGAGGGCGUGGUGGACAUCUUCCAGACGGUGAAGAUGCUCAGGACGCAGAGACCUGCCAUGGUGCAGACAGAGGAUCAGUAUCAGUUCUGCUAUCGAGCAGGCUUGGAGUACCUUGGGAGCUUUGAUCACUAUGCAACGUAAGAGUCUCGCUCCGGGCGGGCGGGGGCAAACCAGACAGGCCUUGUGAGGAGCCAGAGCGUCUCUACUGAGCCAUAACUCCCUGCUUGCGACAAGUACUUCUUUACUCAACUCCUAGGGUCAAGACUUACGUGUUGGGCGACGAACCCAAACCUAAAAAAAAAAGAUUAUUAAAUAAUUGAGGAUAGACAAUACCAUGCGGACCAAGAUUAACCCCCCUCACAACUCUCAGUAGAACCUCCACACUUCCCCCUACCAUCAAACCCUUCAUGUCCCCUGCCUAUUCCAACAAGAAAAUCCAAUAAUCGUGCCCCCCCCCCCCCCCCCCCCCCCAAUACUGAGACACGGGGAAUCCUGACUGUUGGAGCUCUGUAUGGAAUUAUUAUUUUUCUUCUGUUGGCUUCAAGGAUUCCCCUCGGACGGCUCAACUCAACACAUGAAAUAAAUAAAAAAAAUUAAAAACACAUAUACGUAAAAUGAGUAAAUAAAUGAACAUUCAUGAGAACUGCAUCAACUGACACAGAGCUUUUGGGGAGAGGAGGAGUCGGAUGGAAACAGCCUGAGAGAAGAUGCACAUUGUAAAGAGUAUUUUCUGUUCUACAAUCAAAUGACACGAGAGAGCAUCUCAUUGGAUGACGAAAAAAGAAAAGACCAGUGAUUGGUGAAAUAUUAAAAAGGGACACCACUAAAGUCAAAAAGAAAAUAGUAAUUUUCCUGUCGCAACUUUCCUGUUCAAUUAUAAAAAAGGGGGUGGGUGUGGGAUGUUUAAAGGAAUACCAGAUAAAUUAUAAAAACCUAUUGAUUUAGUUUUUUAGUACUUUAUUAUACAGCUGAUCCUGUGCUUUAUUUUGAACUGUGUGAAAUUAUUUCCUUUUUUUUUAACAAAAUGAUCACUUGACGAAGUGAAUUCAAGUAUAGGCUUUGUCAUUCACCUUUUUCCAUCUGAUGCAUAAUUUUGUAAGCUGUAGAACUACUCUAAUGUAUGCACCAUCAAGUUUAAAAAAAUCCCUACGCUGUCUUUUUACUUUUUUUUUUUAUUCCCUUUUGUUAAAAAAAGGAAUACCUGUUGUCACUUGUUUUUAUCAUAUAAUUGUUUUGCAGACCUGCGUUUUCACUACCACAAUGCUAACGUAAGCAUUUCUUUUUCUAUUUGUCCACAAUCACAUACACAAUAACCUACACCUGUUCAAUUGAGUAAAUUGAACUCAAUUCAAUUGAAUUCAAUAAACUGGGGCUUUGUGGAAUCAACAGGGAUGAGCAAAGUAUGAAGUUGCUGCUACCAAUUAUCUUAGUUCUUCCAUGUUAGAAUGAUGUGUUGCUAAUGAGAGGAUAUUUAUAAAUACCAGAUUUAUAUUAUAUAUAUAUAUAUACAUAUACAUAUAUAUAUGUAUACCAUAUAAAGCAAAUAUAUUCUCUAUAUGUUCCAUGUAUAGAGAAUAUAUGCACCAUAUGAACAUAUUUAUGAACUUCAAGACUACAAUAUAAAUGAAUAUAUAAAUAUAUGUUAUGAAUGAUUAUAUAUAAAAAGUUCUGCAAUGAGAUUUCUGGAGUUUUUUGGGGGAAAUGAUGAGAACUUUCACUGGAAUGCACAUCAGUAGGGACAAAAAAAAAAGAUCGUAUUUCUGAUUCAGUGCAUCUUUUCUUGUGCAAUAAAUAGGUGUGUAUUAUAAGUAGGGUUUUUGUGUGGAUACCUUGAUUUGUUUCCCUUUCUCUCUCUCUCUCUCUUUCUCUCUAUCUUUUUUCAUGUCAUUGCUAUCCCCUCGACAAAAGGGGGAUUAAGGAGAUUGUCACGUUGUCACUCAAAAAUAAUGUAGUGAAUUUAGCCAUGUGGAAGUACCGUCUAUGGUUAGUGCAGCUACAGUAGAACGUUAGCCAUGUAGUCAUCCUCCAGUAUAGUAAGGCAAGGUACAAAGACGUCACUUUCUUGAGGUUUUAAAAAGGUGUAAUAGCGUAAUAUUUUAUGUUUUAUUUUUUUGCAUUUAGAGUGCCUUAUAUUUAUGCCUGCUUUUAUUAAAACACUCAUUAACUCUUUUAUGUAUUGUCUAGUAGUCAUAUUAUCAAUUUGUGUAUUUAAUUUUACCAUAAGUAUUCUCUUUUUUGUUAAAAGUAUUAUGACAUCAUAUGGAAUUAUAUAUGCAAAUAAGUAAAUUCAAAUGCUCCAGUUUCUUUUUUCCUUGAUCCUUAUGAUUUUUUGUGGCCUUAAUCUGGCAUAGUGAAAAGUAAACUAGAACAGCAAACAUUACAAAUUACACAUGGCUCGAGGUCCAUCACUAUACGUUGUUAACUUGUACAUCGUUUUUCAACUUGUGGCGCUAAUAGGGUGAAGACUGCAGCAUCAUUGUGUGUGACGAUGUGAGAUAUUGUUGUGUCUCAAAAUCAGCUAGGUGCAUUUCUAAGUCUACUCUUAAAGACAAAAACCUUAACAGCACAAAGCAUUUAGUUCUCGUUUUAUCGUCUUCGUGUCGGUCACAUGAGACAGCCUCCAGCUAUCGGAGCGCUAGGAGUUAACUCCUGACUCUCAGUCGAAAAGGGACUCCAUACCCUGCCUUAGGACUGACAGUACACACUUGAUAAGGAAGGGUCGUAAUCAGAAGAAGCAAGCAGGAAAAUAACAUUAAAAAUACACAAACAACUGAAAAGAAAAGAAAGACAUGUUAAAAGUUUAACAAAUUAAUUCUUGACAAUCGAGCAGCGUGUAGGGGCCAGGGAGGGCGAAGGACACUCUCACAAAGCAAGAAGCAUUAUUCUUACACGUAUUUACGUUGGUUGGUAUCAACAUAUGACAAAGACACGUUCAAAUUUUGUUUGCACGGUAGAUAUACAGUAUAUAUAUAUAUAUAUAUAUAUAUAUAUAUAUAUAUAUACUUUUUGUUUAUCUUCAGUGGCUUUGUGGAUGUGCAUUCCAGGUGCUUUCUUUCCCUGAUUGCGUUGCGCUGAAAGGUUAUGAUUCUCUUAGUCGUUUCAUUGGUUCAUAUUGUUUUUUUGUUGUUGUUGUUUGUUUUUUUUCUUUUUCUUUUCUUUUCGAUGUUGUUGUUAUUGUUGCAUUCUCCUUAACCAGUCUUUAAUUUUACAUUCAUUGCUGUAACAGUCAAACUCAAAAAGUGCUAUUAUUUAGCUCCAUGUACACAUUAACUCAUCUGUUUCACGUCAUUAUUUUCCCAGGUGUGUCUUUUUCAUUUUCUCCAUUUCAAUCUUAUUUCAAUAUGCAUGGUAACCAUGUGGCCAGAGAGGGUCUGGUAGGAAGAAUUGCACUUUCUCUAUCUUUGUACUAUGCACUGCCCUCUUGAUUCUGAACCCAAUAAUGUAUUACUUGAACCCAUCUGUAAGAAACUCCUGACACACUCACUUUGUGUAUAUAAAUAACACAAUGGUAUUGAAAUUUAAAAAAAAAAGACAAAAAAAAAAAGGUUUGUGGCAAAAAGAGCAUCCAUUCUGGUGCCAUGGAAACUCAUCCAGGUGACUCCCUCCCUCUUUGGAAAUUUUUGCCUCUCCCCCUUCUUCCCAAACCCGUCCUAUCCUUAUCCAAGCUCCCCCCACCAAUCCCCUCUCCGCCAUCCGUUCUGUGGCUUUUGCCCUAAGAGCUUAGAGUGUCAUUGAGAGAAAAUAAACGUUGUGUUCUCUACUCUUUCUCUCUCUCUCUCUCUCCUAUCUAUCACUUGUCUGGAUGCAUAGACUGAAAUUAAUUAAAGAAAUUGUACAAAACAACUACAAAAAAAAGAGAAAAAUGGCUUGUUAAAAGAAAUCAUAAAAUUACCUCCAGUUAGUUGUAAACGUAUACUGUUUUCUUUUUGUUUUGUUUUUUUGUUUUUAUUCUGAUUUGUUAUUUGUUUGUUUUCUGAAUGAGAGGGGUGAUUUUUAUUUUCUUACCUAGGUUACAUUGGUGGCGAAAGAUGUCUGUAUGGAUAUAAAAAAACAGUUCUUUGCUGACACAAGUUCCAUUUGUUAUAAAUGAAUUCUAUUAAAAAAUGUAAGUGUUA